GUGGGCCUGAGUCUAGCUUCCACAAACCCAUGCACGUCGGCGUCAGUGGACGAAAAUGUAUCGCGCAUUAUGUGCCGGCGACGCUAACCAUCGGUGACAUCGUUGUUUCGAGCGUGGGCAUCAGUAUACCUUGAUGAUGGCCAGUGCGCGGGGUCUGCAAAUUGUGCCUGAGCUGUGCAAUCGUGUUAUGUCGCUGUGAUACUAUAUUUCUUAGCGCCGAAACACCUUCUUGCUGUACAAAUCUAGAGGGCGACAAUCGAUACUUGCUUUAGAUCAACCAAACAUCCUUCCAUCAUGACUUCAACCGAGAGAAGAGCGAUUGACGCAACGACUGCCGCACCUAUGGCAGACUCAUCGCCAUAUUACGACCUUGUCUGCGUCGGCUUUGGCGCAGCUCAACUCGCCACAGCCAUCGCCAAUCGCGAGUCCAAGACGCCAUCCAAAAUGCUUUUCGUCGAGAAGAAGAAGUCUUUCUCAUGGGAAUCGACAUCCAACAUCUCGAGAACGCGAAUGGAAAGCCCGUUCAUGUACGACCUGGCAACCCUCCGCAAUCCGAGAACCGCUUUCAGCUAUGUCAACUAUCUGCUCGCUCGUAAGCGUCUCGUCGAAUUCGCAAACUCUGACCGGCUCAACCCUCUACGCGAAGAGUUCGCAGACUACAUGAGGUGGAGCGCCGAGCACUUCAAAGACGAGGUCCGCUAUGGCAGCGAAGUUGUUGGUGUAGCGCCAGAGGUAGAGGCAGAUGCUGUGCAAAGCUGGAAAGUGGCCGUAAAGGACGGCACAGGCAAGACAUACGUAGUGCGCGCAAGGAGUGUUGUCGCCCCUUCCCCCUCAAGAGCGAACAGUCCAGCUGCGCAGCCAUUGCCAAACGUUGACUUCCUGUCCGGGCAACGAAUUAUCUCCAUGGACGACUACCCCAGCAGGCGCAACGAACUGCGAGGCGCCAAUGAGCCACGACUCAACGUAUCUCUCGUUGGAUCUGGCGAAAAGACUGCCGAGGUACUGGACGAUCUGCUAUCGUGCCCGCGUUUAGGAAACAUUACCGUAGUCACAGAGGACGAAUCGCUGGCUCCGUUGACGGUUCUCGACGAUACCAAGCCGUCCCAGGCCCAGCUUUGCUCCAUCUGGGCGAAGCCGACUAGUGCUCAACCAGCUUCCGUCACAGAAGCAUCAGAGCUCGUCCAAACAAUUUACAUGCGCGCGUAUGAGAAGAUAGUCCAGUCCAAGGGCGAAUUCAGAUUGCGCGUCAUCAUCGGAAAGGAUGCUGCUGCCGCGUGCUCACAAUCCGACUUCAUCAUCAGGGAUACUGCAGCAAGUCCCGUUUCAAACAUUGCGCUAUUCCAGAGCAUCGAUACGCUCAUCCUGGGCUGCCGGUCAAAGGGAGAGAGCCUGGAGGAGGUGCAGUUCAAGCGUGGCGCCGUCGCGGAGGGCUGCCGGCUGUGGCUGGUGUCCUCAAAGUCAGAGGGCGGACGUGCAUUGGCCAAGGACAUUGCCUUGAUGGCUGGCGAGAUCGUGCGCAAGGUAGCGACAGGGUCAUCUGAAGUACGGGAUGGCGCCGGACUACAGGUCCAGGCUAGGAUAUAGAGCAGGAUGAUGGCGCGCAGCUGUGGGUUCUGGGUUCCAAGGGUUAGGCGCUAGAUGGUGCAAAAUUUUAUCUAAUCUGAUGCAAGUCGAGC